AUGGAGACGAGACUCUUCCUCGCCCUCCAGUGCGUGCAGUGCGCCACCAUGCAGGUGAAGCAGCAGAAGAAGAGCAACAACAAGUGGGUCUGCGUGGUGUGCAACCAGCGCCAGUCCGUGCUCCACGUCCACGCCCGGGGCUACCGCGCUGCCGAUCUCCGCCGCUUCGUCCAGGACGCCAACCUUGCCCGCGGCCGCCGGGAGUUCGCGCCGUUGGCCGAGCCCGACGUGGGCUGGGAUCCGGCGGCGGUUGAGGAGCAGGGAGAUGUGCUCCCCAUCGAGAAGAGGCAGACGGAGUGGUCCGAGUAUCUGGACGAUCUGGGGGAGCCGGGUAAUGGUUGUGGUGGCCUGGGCGCCGAUGCUUCAGAUGGAGAAUCAGGUGAAGGAAUUGAGGUGACAACUGAACUGCCUCCGAAAAGACCUAAAGUAAGGCCUCUCAUAGUCCAAUCAGAUGUAGUAGGAAAGAGAACCAAGCUGUCAACACAUCCCACUUUAUAUAAUAAGAGGGAGCAAAUCAAGCAAGGAUCAAGUCCCUGCUGUGCAACUACUACUGCUGAAGUGCAAAGAUCGAAAUGGAGCAGGUAUUUGGACACAGGCCUUUUUGGUGAGAGGAAAGGGUCUGAUACCCCUGGGCCACACUGGACUGAACAUGACGAAUCUGCCUCUACUAAGGCCACUACUGAUGUAGUGGUGGAAGAUGAGGUGCACCCUGAUUUCAUCUAG